AUAGAUAACCACAACAGCUGUCAGUGCGGCGCGGCGAGACGAGGCGGGGCAGGUCACCCCAGAACUGCCACAUUCCCUGCCUCAACACCCUUCACACUGCCACACCAACCCCUGGACACUGCUAACCUCCCACUAGGCCACUACUAACCCCGGGGGGCGCUGCGUGUCCAUUAAAAUCUUCCCCGUGGCUGCCCCGUGGGUGUGUGACAGAGCAGGCCCUGUUAUCCAGCACCCAUGGGCAACCGCACGUUCCGCCCCACCACCCGCCAUUCACACACACGCUUGUGGCCGGGCAGGGGCAUGAACAGACGGGCUGCCAGUGCAUCCCGUGCCCCACCCACCACCAUGGAGGACCCCCAGGUUGCUGUGGCAACCCACAUUGGCCCUUCCCCCCGGGUAUCACAGAGCCCAGAGAGUGACAUGAGUCCCAGAGCCAAGAGGAGCCUGAGUCCCAGCCCAGCGCCUGACAGUCAGUCCAGCAGCCUGGCGUACUCGGGCGACAAUGAGGAGGAAUACUUGCGGGCCACCUGGCAGAGGCUUGGGGUGGGUCAUGAUGGUUACCUGUCCCUGGAGGAGCUGGCCACUGUCUGUCACGCCAUCGGUAUGGAGAAAGUUGCUAAUGAGGUGUUGGAACAGCUGUUCAGUCGCCUGGAUGUGGAUGGGGACGGCAGGAUCAGCUUUGAGGAGUUUGUGCACAUGUUCCAGAAUGGCGGGCCCAGUGGCAACAACUCCCUGGUCCUGGACGACUCCCUGCCCCCUGAUGUCCCGGGGAGCACAUUAAGCUGCAUGAGUUCGGCCAGUGAUGAGCGCCGAGGGAUGGUGAUGUCAGAGUCCAGCGUGUUCUCCUCCCUUGACCCGGACAGCACUGGGUAUGCACGGGUGGAGGCGCUGCUGGAGGCGUGGGAAGGUCUUAACAUCUCCAAUGGGCCGAGUCUGUUGCGGGAGUUAGCCCUGCCGCACCGCCCCCACGAGAGUCUGUGCCUUCGUGACCUGGCCGCCGCCCUGGAGUCUGAAUGCCAGCUGCCGGAGGAGGGCGCCGGGGGUAGGGUGACGCUCCUACAGAUGGCGUUGCUCACCUACCUGCAUGAGAUUAAGUUCCUCAGGUUGAGUGUGGAGGCGGCACGGGGGGAGAGGGACAAGCUGAAGCAGGAUCUUGGGGAGGCAAACCAGCGAGUGUCCCUCUUGGCGCAGGACCUGGACGACCACAAUGCACGGAUGGAGGCAGCUUCUCACCUCCAGCUGCAGGAGCUGGAGCGACAGUACAAAGAGCAGGUGAGGGAGCUGCAGGAGGCGGUGGUUGGGGAGCGCGAGGCAGCGAGGGAGCAAGUGUCAGCAGCAGCCAAGGAGCUUCACGCGCACAACUCACACCUACAGGAGGAGGAAUCAAGACUCAAAGCCGCCCUCGCUGCCCUCACUGCGGACAUGAAGCGACUGGAGGCAGAGAACAUGGAGCUGAGUGGCAAGCUACAGGAAGCAGAGCGGCAGCUGUUACAGAUGGAGAGACAAGUGGCUGACCUGCACAUCCUCAAGACAAAGAUAGCGGAGUACGAGUCAGAGGGUCCCCGGGAGGAGCAGUACCGGCGUGUGGUGGAACAGCUGCAGCGUGUGGUGGCAGAGAACCAGCAGCUGAGGGACAGUAAUGACGAGCUGCUCUCACAACUGGACUCGCUGCCCCUCCGCCUACCCUCUGCCCGCACCAGUGACAAGGAGAGCAGCCUGGAUGGGUCUUGCCUUGGGGACUACAUGGACCCUCCUGUGGGGCUGCCGGCGCCUGUGAAGCGGCGGGGCUCAAGUAGCAAUGGGUCUGGGGAGGACAGCUGUGAGGAGGAGAGCCCCCGGUGCAGCAAAGUGAGGCGGUGCAGCAAGGGACCAAAUGUACACUAUGUUGAUGUCGGAUCAUAUGAUGAGUCUUUCUUCGACACCAGCAUGAGCAGCCUCCUGAAAGGCUCCCUGGUGCCCUCCUCCCACCCUGACGUCAUCUCCAGUGCUGUGGAGGACGCGGGGACCAAGUCUUCACACUGCAGCUCAGACCAGAAUGAGACAGAAGCCCGAGCUGUGAGGGAUGAGGUAGAGCACAUCAACAUGCACCAGCAGAUCACCAGGGAGCUGAAGAAGGUGUUUGACCGAGUGAAGGACAGUGUGAGGGAGGAAUACAAGCAUGAUGCCCUCAGACCACUCACCCCAAGGGACAACCCCAUUGCCCUGGCCACAAGAGAGGAGUUGGAGGAAGAAGUGAACCAGCUGCGAGAGGAGAGGCAGCAGUUGUCACACCGCCUGCAGCAGCAACAGGAGGAGCUCAAACACCAGCUGGAGAAGAAGGAGUUUGAGUGUGAGGACCUGCUGAAGAAGGUUGUCAGGGUGGAGGAGCAGCUCAGAAAAGUCACAUCCCACCUGGAACCCACCUCCUCACCCCCACCCAGCCCCACUGGCACCCCCCACACUUCCACCCCCAUCAAGGCCAACCACAACCCUGCCAAGGAUAAAUGUGCGCGCUGCAUGGACACACAGGGCCAGCUGGCAGUGGCCUUGGAGGAGCUGGAGAUGGCACUGCGGAGGGAGGAGCAGGAGCGGACAGAGCGAGUGGCGGCCCAGACCCUUCUUGACGCCAGACAAUGUAGUGCAAGUGAAUGUGACUCAGCACCAGAGACAACCACCACCACCACAGCCUACCCACCAUCCUCAGCUGGCAAGCUGGGGGUAUCCCCGGAGCAGGGCAGGGCUUAUGUGUUGGAGGAAAGGUACAGGGAGGUGGAGGAGCAGGUGGCUGGGCUCAAACUUGAGAUCUUUAAGCUGUGUCGGGAAGCAGCGCGCUCUGUACAGGAAGGGUGUGAGGCAGUGCCGUGGGGCGAGAGGUGCCGUGCUCUGUUGCAGAAGAUCCAGAGGAGACGGCAGGCCCUGGCACCUCGCCCACAGACGCCUCCCCCAUCUGAGGAUAGCAGGGAGGAGGAGCAGCAAUCUCACCAAGAGGAGACCAAGCAAGAGGAGGAGUCUGCCUCCCUUCAGCCCUCCAAGGAUCUCCUGCAGAGGCUGGAGGAGGAAGUGCAAGGGCUUGAAGAGGACCUGGUGAGGGAGCGGGAUGGCCUUGAGAAGACCCGUGCCUCCCUGAUGGAGAAGAACACAAAGUUGGAGCAGGAUCUUGAGUUACUACGCAUGGAGUUUGACAAGAGUGAGGACUACUGGACCCUGAAGCUGCAGGAGGAACAGGACUACUAUGAAGAGGAGCGCCGCCUCUACGAUGACAAGUUCUCAGCGCUGGAGAGGAAGAUCAGAGAGUACGAGGAGCUGGUGCUGGCGGGUGGUGGUGGUGCGGGGGGUGGCCGAGACGCUUCUGAGGAGUCUGACCGUCUGUCCACCAUUGAUGAGAGUGUGGUGUGGGAGAAGCAGGUGACUGAGCUAGAGGAGGAGGUGGCCCAGCUGAGGGGACAACUGGAGGAUUUGAGGCAAGAAAAACUGUCUAUGGAGAGCCAGGUGGAGACGCGGGUUGUGGAGGAGAGGCAGCGGGCAAGCCAAGAGAGAGCCAUCCUGCAGGAACAGGUCGUCUCUUUGGCCUCACAGCUGCAGCAGACACAGCAGCAGCUCUCCUCUGUGGUGGAGAAAGGGGAGGAUAUGAAGAGAGAGGCAGACCAGCGUAUUCAACAGCUCCUCAAUCAGCAGCAGCAGCAGUCUUGUGAGCACCUGCAGGUCGGGUCAGCUCAGGUCAAUGGUCACUUGCAAGAGAGAGGGAAAAGCCCACAACCGAAAAUGUAUGAAUCUGUAGAGAAGUAUCACCAUGAAAAAGAGGAAAAUUUUUACAUAGAUAUCUGCCUCCAAUGCCCCAUCAUUAACCCUUUUCCCUCCCUAUCCCAGCAGGAAUUUGGCAGCGUUGGGGAGGAGACCAUCAAGGUGAGUCUCCGCACCCAGCUCAGGCAGUGCCAGGACCGCCUCAAGUUCCUGGAGACAGCACUGAGGCACCAUCAUGUCCAUGCCCACCACAUCCUGACAGUGACACGAGCACAACAUGCAGCCGAGGUACAGAACCUGGAGAGUAUGAUGGCAGCCACACAACAGAUGCUCGGCCAGCACAUCGCUAAGUACAAGGACCAGCUGAGCAAGGCCAGCCGUAGUGACUCCCUGGUCAAGGAACUCUACCUAGAAAAUGCCCAGCUCAUGCGUGCUCUACAGGUCACAGAGGGCCGGCAAAAAAUGGCUGAGGAGAACAGUCGGAAGUUACAGCUUUCGGCUGCUCUUUCAACCCUGUCUUAGGCUAAAGCACCACCACCACAACGGUUCUCACAAAAUCAUCUUUCCUGAGCAGUCGCAAUAAGUCAGUCCAUGCAAGGGACGAAGUGUCACAACUCUUGCAGGAUUCCAUCACACUCACUCACUCACCUCAAGCCACUAAUUAUUCAUCAAAACAUCCCUCCACCACAAAUGCAUGCACUUCUGCCAUAGUUGACCUUGAUCACUUACUUCCCUCCCUGCCAUUUCCUUUUUGGCUGAGGACUGGCUUCUCUGCCAUAAAUGUCUAGACUAGAUGCUUCUCUGCCAUACAAAGCUCAGACACCCCUGCCAUAGAAGGCUAGCCAUGCCAUGAAGGACCUUGCACCAUCAUACUAAACCUACACUCAUUCAUUUACUUCAUGAAACAUUUGUCAUAAGACACUACAAGUUUUGUCCCAUUUUUACAUGAUUUUCCUAAUUUAUUGAGUUUUCAUUCACACUUCAUCCUUUCAGUAUUUAUCCCUUGGCCAUUCACUCAGCGGGUGCCGGCAGCCCUGCUUGCUGCUUAGCCAGUGCCUGACUCAUGGUGACCUGAUAUUUUUAUAUUGUUACAGAUUUCUAGAUUUCCAGCCACACAAUUCACAAAGCCUAUUUUAGAUAGAAAGCUGAAGUGUUUCUUGCAGCAUAUUUUUGGAAUCCUUCAAGUGGAUAGAAAACCAUUCAAAAUUGUGACUUAGCUGACACAUCAUAGCUGGACAUACCUAGGCUCAAUGGUGCAUAUAUACAUUCUAGAUAAGACUCAUUGGGAGUGUUUGGGAAAACUUGUGUCUGCCAAGAUGCAUGCUAGAGGCUGUAACAGACAAAGAGGUCAUAGAAGGCCUUGGUAACCUGUGCUGUUGUGGUUAAUGUAGACUAAGGAAGGCAUUAAGUUACCAUACAGAUAGGUGUGCAGUAUAAUCAGGAAUGAAUGCUGUGCUACUAAUGGACUAGAAGAAACUAUAGUGGUGUGUGAGGAUUGUGUGAAGGCUCUAGUGGGGCAGCUAAUGGAAAAUGUGUUGUUAGUGAAGGAAGGAAUUAACUCACAUAGAACUGGAGAAACAUAGAUCAGUAUCCAUCUACAAAGCACACUGCACAAGACUUGCACCUCAGCAUUUACACAGCUUGUGAUGGAUGCUUCACCACUACUUCCUCUCCUACAACUCAUUCACUGACAAAUGAGGCAAUUUUAUGUUACAUGGUCCUUAGUGUUAAAGUGUUAACCACAUGCAUACCACAGUCAAAAUAUUAGCAACAAAAAAUAAUUAUAGGUGUAUGCAACUAAUUGUCUCCAAGCAUCCCAUCACUUCCUCCUUCACACACAAGACCUUUCCACCUCCACUCACCCACACCCACACCUAUCCUGUUACCCCACUUACACUCAGCCUCACCACUACCUGCAGUGGAUGUGUAUGUUGGUCUAGUUGUGCUCGCAGACAAAUUCAUGUGCCUCCAAACCACUCUCAAACAACUUCAUGCUCCAGCAAGUUGCCAGAGUGAACUGUGUGCGCAAUUCUGUGUCAUAGUACCAAAGACGGUAUUUAGUGUAGUGUGUGUAUGUGAGUGAAUGUGGUGUAGUUGAAUAAGUGCCAUACUGAGGGAGUGUUGCUAUGAUGCCAUGCGUAGACUGCAAGCUGCCUGGCAAUCUCUCCUUCCCCUCUCCCCAGGGCAUUAUUCAGCCUUUAUUUUAUUUACUUGAAUGAAAGAUAGAUUUUAAUGUAAAACUUUCCUUUUAGCAAGUGUGACUUGGUGAAUUUUUAUUUGGUGGAAGUAGUUUCCUAUCAAUGAAAUUUUUAACCAGUGUAGUACAUUAACACUUCAAUACUAUUCAAAUUUUGCCCCUUGAAAUAGUAAUCAUUAUUGUAAUUAAUUGAUAAAUUAAAAGGUGAUUUCUAAUGUCAACACAUUUCAUUGAUAGGUAAACUGCUAUAGAAUUAAGAAAAUAAAGAUAUAUAUGUAGAGUCUAUUAUUUGUAAAUAAAUACUGGCAGAUACUAUGCCUAACUUUUGUGUAACUAUCUAUGAAGAUACCAUCUAUCACUAUUCAUAGACAAAACUAUCUGGUCUGUAUUCAGAGGGUUACCAAUAUAAGGACAAACAGACUGGGCUGAGGGCAGCCCUACACUGUUCACACACAAAUGCACACACACACAAAAACACUGAAAAACUAAAAAAUAAAGUUUCCUCAUUUAA